UUUUUCUAUAAGUCUAUAAGUUCUAUAUUUGAGUCACCCAUAAUUAAGCCGAUGCGUACUUAAAUCUCAUGUGCUGCGCAUACCGAUUGUGCACGACGUCACUGAAAAAGAAUUAACCUAACCUAGUUCAAAUCUCACUGGUUACUGACAGUUUCCUCCAAGUUUAAAUACAAAAGUAAGACAUGUCCAAAAAGGAAGACCUUGAAAAUAAUUUGACCGCGCCCGAAAAAUUAGACAUCAAAGCGAGACCGCUGUUUGAUGUAAUAUUUCAGUUUCAAAAAUCUCAAGACAUCUGCGAAGCUGCCACUAAUGCAAUGGAAAAGGUUCUAAUUGACGUAAACUCUAUAACCAGAGGUGCCGCAGCUACUCAGGUUAUUAGAGUUAUUCCAAAGGAAACAGUAGAAGAGGAACACGCCCGUUUGGAAAUGAUACAGGACUGCAGACGUCGGUUGACCAAUGUACGCGUUGGCAUCCACAACGCUUUGGGGUUGUUCAGAGACUCUGCUACCUUGUUUGGCUUCUCCCAAAACAUGGCCAAUUCUCUACUAGCCCCUACAUCCAAAGAGAAAAAUGCCGUUGAAGAAAAAAAUGAUGCAUGAAAUGGGGUAGUAUGCAAUUAUAAUUUAUAUAUGCUUUAAGAAUUAUUCUAAAUAAUAAACAGUAAAUUUUUCAAAAUCUCAUGUUAC